AUGGGUUUUCUGUGGGGGCGGUGUCCGCUACCCUGGCCCCCGUCAUCCCUCUAUUUCUCAUUUCGCAAUAUACUAUGGAAUCGUCCCGUUUCCCCAUGCCCCGUAAUAAGGCCUUUUGAGUAUGUUGGACAGAAAUUUCAUGCAAUAGUCUUGUUUUGGAUUUUUUUUCUGUCUCUUUUUCUUGGUGCCCAGGCGGAAGUACGUUGGCGGGGAGAGGGUGAGACGAUGUCGUUACAUGGCGUGAUGUGA